AUGAAACUCAUUUGCAGGUAUACCUUGAGAUCUGUCAUUAUGCGUUCCUGUAUCGCUAUUCUCUUCCUUUUGCUGAUCGCAUACAGCCACGUGGCAACCGCUCGUCCAUUCGAUUCGUACGAGUUGAUCGUUGAAGAUCAACCAAGCAUCGUCUAUAAAAGAGCCAACGGCGGAAACCAACAGGAAUUGGUAAUGGCUCGUCUCCAACAGCUUCUCGGACCCGAGGCGUUCACAGAAAUCGAUUCUCAUGGUCGUCUCUCCAAUCUUCAAAGACUUGGAUAA